UCUUUAUCCAAAGUUUCUCUACUAUACCUUUAUUAUGAAUGAUCUGAGCAAUCUCCUUAGUGGGCUAUUUAGCUAUUAAGAUCAUAGCAAUGCCACUCCUGGUUAGAUGGAAGUACAAAAGAUAUCCUAAUGUAAAGUUUAGUCCUUCUGCAACUCUUUUCAAAGGAGACCAUGCGCAUGUAGAGAAGAAUGUUGGUGAUGACAAGUUUGCAUAUUGGCAUUAUGCUGAAUAUGCUCUAUCAGAUUCAAAACCAGAUAUUUACAUCAAAUUUAUUGGACCAACUCCAAUGUUCAUGAUGUUCUCGCUUAAAGCUCUUACUGAGAUGAAGAAGCUUCAGCCAAAUAAGAUAGACAGAGACAAUGUUUUCAUAGAUAAGCUGAUUGGAAAAAUAUUUUAUGGAAGUGUCGCACAGUCACCGUCCAAUGCUCAUUGGAAGCUGAGAAGACAAAGCGCAAUGAAAGCAAUGGGCAUGAACUUCGCAUCAGGAUAUAUCCAAAAAUUGGUUCAAUGAAUGGAAGAAGUAGCAUCCCAGUGGAGAGAAGGAAAGAUCAUUGACUUCACUAAGCAGUUCUCAUACAUCCAGUUCCUGUUUAUGUCCAAAGUAUUAUUUGGACAAGAGUUUGAUCUCUCUAAUUAUAUGUUUGAAUAUGAAACCGAAAAAGGUGAAAUUAAAGAGAUCAACAUGCACGAUAUGAUGAACAGAGUUGUUGAAGAUACUCUUUGGGGCUAUUUCAAUCCUCUUGGCAUCGUAUUUCCAUUUAUAAACGACAACAACCUUUGAGAACCUUAUAAGAGAAUUAUGAGAAAUGUCAGGAGGAUGGAAAAUGGAAUCAAGAAAUUCUUACAGAAAUCUGAUGAUAAAGAUUCUCUCUAUUGGAAGUUAAAAUCUGAGAAAGCUCACACAGAACAAGAACUAAUGGCUGAUUUGCUUGGCUUACUAUUUGCUGGAUCCGAGACAACCUCUCAGACAACAGCAGGAAUGCUAUACUUUAUCAAGAAGAACCCAGGAGUUAUGAAAAAAUGUAAAGAAGUUUAUGAAAAUCAAGGGAUCACUCAAAAUGGAGUUCUCCAAAAACAUUUAUUAACCAAAGAUAUUUUUGAUGACUGUGAGUAUGCAGAUUAUGUUAUUAAAGAAGUUUUGAGACUUAAUGUACCCACACCUGAGACGAUCUCAUAUAGAGCAUUGGAGAAUAUCGAAAUCUGAGGAGUUUCCAUACCAAAAGGAAAUUUAAUAAGUAUCGGGGUUUUUGGAUUCCAUUAUGAUCCUAAGCAUUGGCAUGAGCCAUUAAAGUUCAUGCCAGAGAGAUUUGAUCCUGAAUCAGAGUAUUUCAACUCACCAUCUACUGGGAAAGCAAGAGACCCACUUUGAUAUAUUCCUUUCUCAACUGGUCUUAGAAGUUGUCCUGGCCAAACCUUGGCAAAGCUUACUCUCAAAAUAGCCCUUCCUUUGCUAUUAUCCAGCAUCGAUUAUUGAAUUGACGAUGAAAUACUCGUAAACGACAAGGUAAUGUUUAGCACUUCCUCCCAAUAUCCUUGUGACAUCAGAAUUAUACAGAAUAAAUUAUGGAAUAGUCCAAUUCAAUAA